UCCAAACAAAUAAAGAAAAGACUUCAUUAUCACCGAAUGCAGCAAAUUAGGAAUCAUGGAUCUGAAAUACAAUUCCUCUCGGAAGCAUGUAUCUAUCAGUGUACCUUCAAAAUCCCAAGUGAUGUCACCACAUAUCAAAUCAGUAGAUGAUGUAAUAGUCCUUGGAAUUAAUCUCAGCAAAUUUAAGAAGGUCACUCAGUUUUUCAUUUGCAUUUCUGGAGUUUUUCUGUUCUAUCUUAUUUAUGGAUAUCUACAGGAACUGAUAUUUUCAGUGGAGGGGUUUAAGCCCUUUGGCUGGUACCUAACACUAGUGCAAUUUGGGUUUUAUUCUAUUUUUGGACUAAUAGAGCUGCAGCUUAUUCAGGACAAGAGGAGACGGAUCCCAGGCAAAACCUACAUGAUGAUAGCUUUUCUAACAGUGGGGACAAUGGGUUUAUCAAAUACCUCUUUAGGAUACCUGAAUUAUCCUACACAAGUAAUCUUCAAGUGCUGUAAACUAAUCCCAGUUAUGAUAGGAGGAGUCUUUAUACAAGGAAAACGUUACAAUAUCGCUGAUGUUUCUGCCGCAAUAUGUAUGAGCUUGGGCUUGAUAUGGUUUACUCUUGCUGAUAGCACAAUUGCACCAAAUUUCAACUUGACAGGUGUGGUCCUCAUAUCUCUUGCCCUCUGUGCAGACGCAGUGAUAGGCAAUGUACAGGAAAAAGCUAUGAAGUUGCACAAUGGAUCAAACUCUGAAAUGGUUUUGUAUUCCUAUUCAAUAGGUUUCCUGUACAUUUUGUUGGGACUGACUUGCACCAAUGGCAUAACCCCAGCAGUAACGUUUUGCUCAAAGCAUCCAGUUCAGACAUAUGGCUACGCAUUCUUGUUUUCUUUGACUGGGUAUUUUGGAAUCUCCUUUGUUCUGGCUUUGAUUAAAAUUUUUGGGGCUCUUUUGGCAGUAACAGUAACAACAGGAAGAAAAGCAAUGACCAUUGUACUUUCCUUUUUGUUUUUUACAAAGCCAUUCACAUUCCAGUAUGUAUGGUCAGGCUUAUUAGUAGUCCUGGGUAUAUUUCUCAAUGUUUACAGCAAGAAUAUGGAUAAAAUCAGACUGCCAUCAAUACGCAGUGUCUGGAAUAAAUCUGCAGAAGAAAGAAAGACAAGGACGUUGUCCCAGACUGUGUAGAACAGUGGUUUAGGCCAUGCAUUGCACAUUUAUUUCUGUUAUUACAUUGCCAUAAUCUGGCUGAUUCAUUUUCCAAAGGGAAUGAUUCUAAAACCAAAGGAGCUGAAGGCCUUCUGUCUGCUUGUGGAUGACUAGAAGUGAACACGUCCACAACGGCUGUCUCUUAGGAGCACUUGGACCUCUUCCUGUCCUGGGGAAACUCCAUUUGACUAUGAAGGACAGCAGCUCUGGGUGACUGUCGA